AUGGGGAAGUCUAAACAAACGAAAAACCACAAUAACGGCAAAAAGAAAAACAUUUCAAAGACGUGGAAGACAAAGCGAAGGACCAAAGACUUGGAUGAGAUCCACUCCGACAUGAAGCCUGAAAUUGCUGCCAAACUGCUUAAUCAGGAGGUGGACUAUGAUGUGACGGGAUGUGCACAGCACUACUGUUUACACUGCGCGAGAUAUUUUGUGGAUAUGAAAUCCCUAAAAGACCACUUCAAGACUAAAGUCCACAAGCGACGUUUGAAAGAGCUUAGGGAGGAACCUUACACCCAGGCGGAAGCAGAGAGAGCAGCCGGGAUGGGCUCCUACAUACCUCCAAAGACUGUGGAGGUGAAAACACAGCCUGUGGAAGAAGAUAUGUACUAA